CAUCUUUUAAAGUUUAUAAAAUAACAAUACCAAGUAAUUUAUAUAGACUAGUUAAUGUGUAUACGUACAAGAUGUGUUAUAAAUUGUGUAUAUCAUAAUGAUGAUUUAUAACGCAUAACUAGUUAUCAAAAUGACUAUUUUCCAAAGUGAAAAUAUAAUUUUCAAGACUGUUCGAGUGUGAUUAUUAGUGGAUAUUGCAGAAGUAAGAGGGUAUUCAUUGUAAAACAGACUGACCUGUUUCAAAAAUGCUAUAAUGGAAAGUGAGGAACUGGAUUCAGAUCUGUUUACGAAUUGGGUUCGAGGCUCAAAAGGACUAGAAUACUUACAAGAAGGUCUUCAAGAAUUUGUUGGAGAAAAGGUACUGCAAUGUCGUGACAAUACCCUUCAAAAGAUAAUAUUGACAUUACCAUCUGGAUCACCACAGCAGUGCAACCAGUGUACGUCACAUAAUCUGUCUCCUGAUCAUUUCAACACUACAAAGGCAUGUAACAGACGCACAUGUACCCAAAAGAAUCCGACCAACUGUUUUGGAAGCAGACCUGUCGGGCGUAGGAAAUGCCCUGAUGGCAUUUGUAGUAAAUUCUACGACUCAAUUAUAGACGAGCAUGUAUUUAAAGACCCCUUAUGGAAAAACACUGACCCAAGUACGUGGUGUUCGGAUCCUAAUGGGUGGAGUUAUGCAAAAUGUUUCCAAACAACUAAAGGUCCAGGGACAUCAGCUAAAGGUACAGAUGCUGCUGGUCUCCUAAGCAUUAUUAUAAACAACACGUCAAUGCAAAACUUUGUGACCAGUAUUAAUCCUCAUAACAAUACUAGUUCGUUUCAUUUGGCGAGAGAUAUCCGUAAUAAAAUCUUACAUAGCUCAAAGCUAGAAAUCGACGCAACAACUGUGUGUUCCUAUUUGGACGCGUUCAUUGUAGUUCUUCAAGAUCCAAAGUGUCUGAUUAACGAUGAGGCAUCAAAGAAAGCGGUUCAUAAACUAACACAGUUAAGAAACAACACAAUACACAUAAGCCAAGGAGACACAGUGUCACUUCUUGUGAACAGAAAUAAGGCGUUAACCGAACUUGACGAAAGAACAGCAGAAUCAUUGCGUAAACUUGAUGAGAAAGCAUUAGCUGUACGUAAUACAUUAAAAAAAGAUGUUGAUGAAUUUAAGAAUGCCGCUUUAGUUGAUGUUGAAAACGUUGGAACAUCGGUUAAGCAAACAAUUGUGGCAGAGGUUACCGCAGCCGGGGAUCAGGCAUUACAAGACAUUGCUGGUAAUACUACUGAUGGUAUAUCUAAAAUAAACACAGCCGGAAAACAGGCAUUGCAAGACAUAUCCGAGGCAAAAUGCGAUAUUGAUGGACAGAAAAGUGAAGCUAUCUCCGAUAUUUAUAAUGCAAAGGACGAUGUUUUAUCUGCAAUCACCAAGGCUGGUAAAGAAGCAAAAGCAGAAGUUUUAAUGGGAGCUAGUGCUGCUUCGUCUGAUAUUAGCGGACAUGCUGUUACAAGAAAGUCACUUUUCCAAAAAGGUCUUAUGAAGCUCAAAAAUGUGUUCAGCUCUUCAAGUCCAAAGUCCAAAGUUAAGGGAUCGCCAAGCCGAUCAGAGGAAGUUACAAAACUGAAGAAUGAACUAAUUACAUGGUACAAAACCUAUCAGAGUACAAUUCCUCUUUCACCACUCACAGAUGCUGUCCCUACCCCUCUAGCCGGAUUCUACAUUAUGCCAGAAAUUGACAUACAGGCUUAUCAGGCUGGUGGGGGGAAAGAAACAACUAGAGUCAAGUCGUUACAGGACCUGUUUAUGUCGGGUAGAAAUAUUUCACAAGAAAUAUACUUAUCAGCUGUCGCUGGAUUUGGGAAAACAGCAUUUUCAAAAUAUCUCGCAUUGACGUGGUGUCAAGCUCAUCAAAAGGAUGAAAAUUAUAAGCAUUUUAAAGAAGAAGAGUUGAAGGCGUUAUCUUGCUUUGAGUUUUUAUUUCUAGUGCUAUUGAGAGAUUCAGCUAAAGUAUGUGAUGUUGACGGCAUGAUUGAAGAACAACUCAUACAAAAUCUCCCUUGCUCAUCAUCAAUGCCAGAAGGUCUUUUAAAGGACAUUCUACAUGAUAAAAAAAGUCUUGUGAUAUUAGAUGGACUAGAUGAAUGGGUUCAUCCUGACAACGAUUGUUCAAGACUUCCUAAAAGUAUUCCACAUCGAUAUGCACGUGAAAAGUGUGUAAUCUUAACAACGUCUCGGCCAUGGAAGCUUGGAAUGCCAGACUUGAAUCAAAUAGACAAAACAGUAGAGCUAGUCAAAUUAAACGAAGUCAGUGCUAGGCAGUUUAAGUGUAACGCAAUGAAAACAUUGAAUAAGACCUUAAAAGAUAGAGAACUGAAAAAUGAAGUGUGCAGAUUUGAAGAAGCAAUCAGUGACCAUGACCUUGAGGAUAUGGAUUCCACCCCUCUCCUAUUACUUUAUCUUAUAUGUUUAUGGGUUGAAAAAAUUCCAAUAGGAAAUUCAGCAGUAGAGUUAUAUACAGGAAUUAUUCAGCUCCUUCUAUCUAGAACAGAAAAGUUACAUGGGAAGUUUCAUUCAUCGUGUAAAACACCUCCGAGUUACGUCCCUGAAUGUUUCAGAAAACAUAAACAUUUCUGUAGUUACUACACGUUUCUGUUGACCAUUGGGAAACUAGCGUUUUAUGCAUUGUUCAGUAAGAAAAAGGAGCACACAUUAGUUUUUGAUGAAAAUAUUGCUGAAAAAUAUCUUAACCAAGAAGAUUUGAAAUCAAGCUGUCUAUCAGGAAUAUUAUCAGAAAGUAAAGUGAAAACAUUAAUAAAUGAAAGUUCUAAAAUCUCAUUUUCACAUAAAACAAUGCAAGAAUUCUUUUCAGCAAUAUUUAUAAGUUUUCAAAAUACAAGUGAAGUCCAGAGAAUUCUUUAUGAAGAGUGCCAGUGUUUACAAAAUAUUCUAGACAUGUCAAAAGUGUUUGCCUUUAUUAGUGGCAUGAACCCUAAAUUAAUGUCUGCAAUAUCACGUGAUUUAACGCCUGUGAUAAACAAUGAUGAAAUAACAAUCAAAUACAGAACUUUGACAUAUGAAUACAUGUACAUUAAACCAUUAGAAGACAUACAAGACAUGUACAUUUCUUGUGCAAAAGAAGGAAAGGAAAACAAAGACCUCAAAUUGUGUUUACAAGAUUUCAUCAUUAAUGAAAACUGUAAACAAGAAAACUACUUCAACCAAUUACAACAGCUGUGUCAACAAAAUAAAGAAAACAUAAAAUCAAUAAUGAUAGAAAAUGAAGGUAUUUGUAGUCUACAAGAAAUUAUCCAUUUGUUUACACUCUCUGACCUUCCACAUAUAGAGAAAUUAUGCUAUCAUGGUGAAAUUGUAGAAGGGGAAAUAAUGAGCCUGUUAUUGAAACCUUUAAAAUGUUUAACUGUGAAGUCAUAUAAAUGGGAAAAUCAUGAAUUUGUAGUAAGAUGUUACCCGCUGUCUGCAGAGAUAAAUGGACGACUGGUAACAUUACAACAUCUGGAGCGUUUACGUAUAGACGGUUUCACUAUGACCCACCAGGUAAUGGAGACAUUGUUAAAUUUUCUCACUAGUAAAAAAUCAAUGAAAGAAAUAAAAUUGUAUGGAUUAUACUGUAGUGAUCAUGAUACUUCAUGUAGGGGAUUCAACCUUGACCUGUCUCAACAUUCACAACUAAGAUGUUUAGGAUUUGGCACGAUACCUGUGUCACAAUUAAACAUGGAUGUAUCGUUGUUAGAGGAAUGUAAUGUAGGUACAUUAUAUAAACCUGGUGUUGUGUCAUCUUAUCUCAAUCAACUACCAGCAGCCAGUAAACUACAAACAUUGUGGUGUAGUUAUCUAGAAUCUCCCAGUGAUAUAGAAACAAUGGUACAAACAUUACCAUUGUUACAUCAUAUAAAAGAAGUUAGGUUGUAUAGAAUCAAUCUAGGUGAAAGAUCAUUAACACUGUCACCUCAAAUGAUCAAUAUUGAAAGUGUUGAGUUGUAUUAUAUAACAAUGUCUUGUUCAGUGUUACAUGAUCUCAUUACUGUUAUAAACAAACUACCACAUACAGUGACAGUAUAUAUGCAAGGUUGUGAUAUAAAACCAGAAACAGAAUUUAAAAAGUUUAAAACAUUUAUAAAACAAUCAGACAAUUUUGUGGUCACCUAUGAUGGCACCUUGAAGUCUGGAGAGUACAGGUUUGUGUUCAAAACAACAACAAACUUGAAGUAAAAUGUACUGAGUAACCUUAAAUGAACUUGGAGAAACAAUUUAUAAAUAGAAUAUGAGACAAGUGACAGGUGAAAUAGACAUUAUUUUUUAUUAUGAAUCAGAUACUUACUUUUAAAUGUGCACACAUAUUUGGACAACUGGGAUUAUCUUCUGGAAGUGUUUAGGAUGGACUGAUAUUUCAUUAUUUAAAAAUUUUUCCUCUAUGCAGGACUUCACUGUUAAUCAGAAGACCCCAACUGCUAUCUAUGAGGUAAUAUCUUACAAUCUGAGACACAACAAUGGAAAGAAAUUAAAUGUUAUACACCACCUGUUUAUAUUAACUUUAAGCUUAGAUUUGUUAAUUGAUUUUAAGUAUUGUUAAGACUGGCCAAUGGUUAUUUACAAAAUAGAUAUCACAUAUUUUCAAAUGCAUGGCUAACUAGGAAGUACAUUGUAUAUGAGAUAUACCUGUGAUUAACAUCUACCUCAAGUUUAAAACAGUUGUCACCAUAUAUUGUAGUUGUUUUAAUUUCUAUGUCGAUAGUUCUUAGCAUGUAUUACUUUAUUUUGUAUGAUUAUGUCAUAUAAAGUUAACACUUUCAUAAAGUGGUCUUAUUUUUUUUGAUGCAAGUACCACUUAAAAAUAAAAUUGUUUUGCUCUACGUCCGUUUGUCCGUAAUGGUAAACCUAAACAAGCAAUUUGGAUUUAUCUUUAGUUCUACCUGUACCAAUUGCUUCACAAUUUACGCACCUACUAAUAUAUAAAAAGUACAUGAUCUUGGCAAGUUACUAUGUCUUCCAUUAUUCCAAAUUUAAUACCUUAUUUUAGCACUUAAACACAAAAUUGUUUUGACAUGCUAACUUAUAUUUUUUACAAGAAUUAAAAGUCAUGACUCAAUCAAGUUAUAUAAACUGUGUUUUUGCAAAUUUCUGUCUAUAUAUAAUAAGGUGAGUAAAUAGGUAAACCUUUUUGAAAAUUUGUUACUGACAAUAAUCUGGGCAGGGGCAUUUUUUACCAAACACGGUUUUGUGCUUCUGUAUGUUACCCAUAAUCUUCUUAAAACAUGUUUUUCAACCAAAAGUUUUAGUUUUAAAAUGUUACAUUUUACUUUUAUCAUCUGUUAUCACUGGAGUGUAGUAUUUAUCACAUUGUUAUCUUUUUCCAUUAAAGCAUACAAAUUGCUGUCAAUAUUUUCUAUUUCACAUUCAUUGACAUAGACAGGUUUAUGUUACAAUUCCUAGGAAAAAGUUGAACAUUUGACUGCUGGUAGUGAUAAAAAUAAAUAGAAUAUUUUUUUUUUUUCAUUAUAAGUUUUGAAUUAUUCUAUCUAAUAUUAAAUAAAUCUAGUGUGGUGUCUUUUCUAACAGCUCUUGUUAUACAUAACAGUGGAUAAUAUGAAUUUAAUCAGGCAAUUUGCUGUAGGAUGUUAUGUAUCUUAUAAUGUACAUUUCACAAAACCUGUAUCCUGUAUCUUACUGCCUUAAGUUUACAUUAAGUUGUUUAAGGUUCAAUCUUCAAAUGGCUUCUUGACAUGAACAAAUUGAUGAAAUAACUUUCAGCAAAUCAUAUUAUGUUGUCACCAUGAUUCUAACAGAGCUUUUGACCUUGUCAUUAACUUUAAUACUAAUGAAUCUUUUACAUUUAAACUUCACAGUUUGUAUGUUGCACGUUUUAUGAGUUAUAGCUUUCACAUUCAUUUUUACUUCUUUAGAUCAAUUAAAGGUCAAUUUUACUUGAACCUGUAACAUGUGAACAUGUAAUAAUUUAAGGAUCAUUGUGUCAAAAACUAUAAAAGCUAUUCUCUACUUGAUUUAUGACUAUCAAAAUGUAACACCAUAUCAGUAGGCCUGGUUAUAUAUUCUCGUUGUAUUUUGCAAAGUUAUUUUUGACAAUGAUGUUUUUUCUGGUUAACUUUUAUGUUAAGGUAAAAAAAAAUAAAGUUAUUAAUUCAUAUCAUGUACCGCAUUAAACGUUGUAGACUCAUUCGCUAUCACAAAAGAAAUGCAUUUGUUAUGGGGCCAUU